AUGACACCAGCUGUGGCACGACUGCUUUUCUUCCAGCUUGUUCUAGAACCAACUCUGAUCCUGGGUAUCAACCUGCAGCAUGCCAUCAAGAACUUUGAACAUAUAUUCAUUGACUUCCCCCGGGUUGAGUACUCAAACAAUUUCCAGGGCUACUGUAAUGGUAUUAUGGGCUACGUGCGGGGCAGAAUGCAAAGAUGGGAUUGUCCAAAGAUCCAUUACGUGGUACAUGUCUCCUUUAAAUCCAUCCAGAAGUACUGCAAGCAUACUGAGGACUUCUGUGAGAGCUAUAAUCAAUACUGCACAUUGACCAAGGACUCCUUUCCCCUCACGAUCUGCCAACUAAUAGACAAACAGCCACCCACCAGCUGCUACUACAAUACCACCCUAAGCAACCAUCAGCUCUACCUGCUCUGUUCCCGCCAGUAUGAUGCUGAACCAAUAGAUAUCAUUGGCCUCUUCUAG